GAAUCCCGCCGUCCCGCCAUCGCCAUCAUGGGAGCCGAGAACUCGAAACCCUCGUCCGAGGUCAAGCAGCAUGUCUUCUCGCCAGAACAUCCCGUCAGCUUCUCCAACGAGCUGGUCGGCUCGCUGCAGAAAAACACCUACACAGACUCGGCCCGGUCACGACAGCAGGAACUGCAGUACCAGCAGCGCCUAACCUCCGAACUCGAGAAGCUGCGCGACCAGGAGAUGCACAACUUUACAAAGGUCAGCGAGGAUCUCUCCAACGAGGCGCCGCAGCCCGAGCAGCCCUCGCUGGUGGAGAAGAUCCAGGACGCCACAUCCAGCAGCGCGACGCUCGCCGAAAAGCAACGACAAAAGGACAUGAGCAGGGACAGCGUCACCAAGGAGAUUGAGCACCUCAAGGCCAAGCUGGAGCAGAGGAAGAAGCUGGAGCAGGCCGACGCCGACGUCACAAAGGCCAAGGAGGCUGUGGUCGCGUGCCUGAGGACCCACGACCGCCGGCCGCUGGAUUGCUGGAAAGAAGUCGAGACGUUCAAGCACGAGGUUGGGCGGCUGGAGAAGGAGUUUGUGUACAAGACAAUUCGAUGAGUGACGUCACGGCAUUCCUGUAUAGAUAGACAAGGCGCGGUGUAGUACCCGGGACGUCUUUUGUAUUGGCAUACUCUCUGCAUCC